UAUUUGGCUGUCAAAAGUGUACGAGGCAUUUGGGCUUUCUUUCACCCAUCUUGUCAAAGCAUCUUACCCCCCCCCCCCCCCUUAUCUCAUUCGUUCAUUUUAGUGUUCUUUUUAUUUCAUGCAGCGACCUCCUCCGACUCGUGCUCAGCCCCCGGCUCAGAAAGACGCCGCUCCUGUACCGGCCACCGAAGAGAGGAAACCUGACGACGUCAUCUUGGUGUCCGUGGUGGCCGGCAUCGUAAUCGUCGCCGGCCUCGUCCUGGCAGUGGUGGGCAUCAUCCUCGGAAUGGCGGUGCCGGCCGGUGAACACGGUUGCCCGCCACUCGACAAGCCGCUCGCCGAGGGCAACGUCAUGCUGGUGACCAAGGGUGGCCAGCUGGUCGGCAGGACGGUGAUCGUGGACGGCGUCACUUUGUCGUGCUUCCUGGGCAUCCCGUUCGCCCACAGCACGGCGGGCGAUCGGCGCUUCACGGCGCCGUUGCCGUUGGCCGAAACCGGAGACAAGUGCGCGGUGCGGGAAUACCUCGAGCCCCGGCCACCGUGCGCCCAGUGGAGCAACGGCAGCGUGGUCGGCUCCGAGGACUGCCUGCACGUGAACGUGUGGACUCCCGAGGCCACAGUCGGAGACAACGUCCAUGGCGGAGGCCGGGCCAUGGUGGUGGCUGUCUCCGGAAAUUGGUUCGAGACGGGCUCCAACGACGACCCCGACUGGCCGAAGCUGGCCGCCAAGGGAGACGUGGUCGUGGUGGCGCCCAACCACCGGCAAGGCGUGCUGGGCUUUCUGCACCCGUCGUCCGUGGUCGGCGUGGAUGGGGACGUGGCCAGUUGCUGACGUCACGAGCGCAGUGCAGUGGGCGCGCGACCACGCGGAAAGCUUCGGCGCCGAUCCGAA